UUUUUUGCUAUUUGCCCUUGGAUGCUUCGGAUGUUUUGCCGAUAGCCUAGAUAACCUACGAUAAACGAGUGUGAUCUAAUCGAUCUAAUCGUGUCGUCAGCGACCACGAAGGUUUCCUCUUUGUCUCCAGAUCCUCAGUCUUCGCCGUCGCGGACGAUUUCCAGUGUACAUGCAGUUAACCUAUUCCCGCGAAUUUUAGAAUCGCACGGACUGUGAAUUCAUUCAUGAACAGCAUAGGCGAGGCAUGCAACGAGCUGAAGCGUCAGUACGACGCCUGUUUCCACACGUGGUUCUCCGAGAAAUUCUUGAAAGGUGACACGAGUGACAACACAUGCUCGCACUUAUUCAAAAUGUAUCAGCAGUGUGUCAAGAAAGCCAUGAAGGAACACCACAUUGAACUCAAAGAUAUGGAGAUGAAUUAUCUGGAAACCGAAAGGGAAAAGAAGCCACACAGUUGACGAAAAGAUAGUCGCACGUUCAUACUUGGGUCCUAGAUUUUUUAUGGACCAUCGAUGCAAGCAGUGCAAGUUUGAAUAUCAUUCCUAGUUUUUAUUGUAAAAUACGUAACAAAAUUUAUCUGGGCCAUAUUUAUCUUAAUAAUUAUUGUUAUUAACUAUAGCACUAUUGCUGCCGAACACUUUACACGCUUUGUAAUAUCAAAGAUUGAAAUGUAUCAAGAGAAAAAACUAUGUACAUAUAACGUUUAUGUACUAUAUACAUGUAAUAUGCAUGUAUGUCACAUGUAAUAAUAUUAGUAAUUCUAACUUUGUAUUUGGUUUUUUUUUUUUCAAAAACUUAUAUAUUUUAUAGACAAACUGUAUAGAACUUUGAUGUAAAUGGAACAAUCAAUGGGUAAUGUGGAAAUAAAUAAUUAUAAACAGAUAAACAAAUAAAUAAGUAAAAAGAA